AUGUCACAAAAGAAUCUACAGUUGCAUCGCCUGAGCGAUUCUACUCUUUUGACAGGUCUAAUCCUCUUUCGUGCUCUGAACGCUUGUCUUGUCCAGACUUAUUUUAGUCCUGACGAAUAUUGGCAGGCACUCGAAGUUGGCCAUAAGAUCGCAUUUGGCUCUGGUUACUUGACUUGGGAAUGGGAUGUAGGAUUGCGCUCAGUUCUCCACCCGGUCCUCUUUGCUGCCCUAUACAAAACCCUUGCUGUUCUAGGUCUUGAUGAUGGACCCUUGAUUAUGUAUGCUCCACGACUAUUACAGUCGAUCUUUGCAGCCAUCGCUGACUUUUACGCGUAUCGAUUUGCAGAUCGUCUGUUUCAGAACCAAGUGACUGCUAACUGGACGCUUUUCUUGUCCAUAGCGAGCUGGUGGAAUUUCUUUUGUUCAACCAGAACAUUAGCCAACUCCAUGGAGGCUGCACUGACGAUUGUAGCCCUCUAUUACUGGCCUUUUGCUACAUUCUCAGCUGAAUCUACGAUUCAUUCUUUUGGACUAUCGCUAAUGCUUGCCUUCUUAACUUGCAUCUUUCGCCCGACAGCCGCCAUCAUCUGGGUUUUCUUGGGCGUAUCUUUGCUCAUUGGAUAUAUCAAGAAGAAGGAUUGGUCAUCCGUAUUUACUACUAUGGUGAAUGUCAUCAUGAUCGGGGGAACGGCAAUGUUAGCAUCUGCGAUUUUGGAUUCUACGCUUUUAUACCACCAAUGGAUCUUAACGCCACUCAACUUCUUACGAGUUAACGUGCUCGAGGGGAUAUCACUUUUUUACGGAUCUUCACCUUGGCAUUGGUAUCUCUCGCAAGGUCUUCCAUUGCUGUUCGGUAUAUAUGUCCCUUUUGUGGCCGUCGGAUCAUGGCGCGCCUGGAUUGCCACCACUGGACACAAUGCUUCAUUAAAACGACAAGUACUUGGUCUCAGCCUUUGGACGCUAGUCAUUUACAGCAGUCUACAGCACAAAGAAUGGCGGUUUCUAUAUCCGAUCCUAUAUCCCCUCCUUCCCUUUGCUGCUGACACUCUCUAUCGGUUAUCCCAAUCAGCCCAUGGGUGGAGACGAUCCAAGCCCACGGUUGCGAUUAUAAUUGCCUUAGUAACCGUGAAUGUCAUCAUGGCAUGGUAUACAACACUUGUACACCAACGCGGUGUAAUCGAUGUUAUGGAAUGGAUCCGACAAGAAGCAAAAAGUCAGCAGAUCGGACAGAUAGGCUUCAUUAUGCCGUGCCACUCAACACCUUGGCAAAACAGCGUUCAUCGUCAGAGCUCUGGACCAUUAAAUAUGUGGUUCAUCACUUGUGACCCACCGCUCGGUAACGCCGAUAUUACCAAUUAUAAGGACGAAUCUGAUGUUUUUUAUGCAGACCCAGUCACAUUCAUGAACGAACGAAUCCCAAAGUUAUGCAAGGGAAAAAUGGAUGAGAACACUCAUCUUGUACUCUUUGAAGAUCUUGUCAAUUCAUGGCCUGGAAUAUUAAGUUGGCUUCAAAUACAUGGAUAUCAUGAGUGUGCAAGAUUCUUUAACUCACAUUUUCAUGACGAUAGUAGGCGGCGCGGGGAUGUCCUGGUCUAUUGUAGGGUUUUUAAAUAG